AUGCGAGCUGCAGGCCAGUCCCCGCCCUAUGCCAUAGUGGAGGGUUCAACAACAACAUCUGAACGAAAGAACCAGCAGAGCUCUAUGUCUGACUCAGACCUUAUGAAGAGUGGGGGACCAGCCAGCAGGGGCCCAGAAUGCCGCUCACCUCCAACUCCCAGAAUGGACCUGCUCAGCCCCUCCAAGAUGAAGGACCGCUCUCAGAACGUCACAGAGAAGGUCACGCAGGUACUUUCUUUGGAAUCUGAUGUACUGCCCGAAUACAAACUCCAGGUGCCAGAGACAACAUGGUGGAUCUUGCUUCAUUACAGCCCAUUCAAGGCGUUUUGGGACUGGAUUAUUCUCAUCCUGGUCCUCUACACAGCUGUUUUCACUCCUUACUCAGCUACCUUCCUCCUGGAUGAACACGGGGAUUUACGGCAAAGGAGAUGUGGCUACACAUGUAGCCCUCUAAAUGUGGCGGACCUUAUGGUGGACGUGUUGUUUAUUGUGGAUAUAGUCAUCAACCUUCGCACAACGUACGUGGAUCAAAACGACGAGGUGGUCACACAGCCGAGCCGGAUAGCCAAGCACUAUGUCAAAGGCUGGUUCCCAAUUGAUCUGUUCGCAGCGAUCCCUUUUGACCUUAUCAUUUUCAGAUCUGGCUCUGACGAGAUGGCAACCUUAACAAGCCUGCUGAAAACUGCUCGGCUGUUGCGAUUGGUCCGUGUGGCAAGAAAGCUGGACCGAUAUUCUGAAUAUGGGGCUGCUGUCCUGUUCUUGCUCAUGUGCACCUUUGUGCUCAUCGCCCACUGGCUCGCCUGCAUUUGGUACGCUAUUGGCUUUGUGGAGAGGCCGUACACGGAGACUGGCUGGCUGGACAACCUGGCUGAACAAGUGGGCAAGUUAUACAACGACAGUGACUCCAGAUCCGGUCCAUCAGUCAAAGACAAGUACGUCACGGCUCUUUACUUCACCUUGAGCAGUUUGACGAGCGUAGGGUUCGGUAACGUCUCUCCAAACACCAACUCCGAGAAGAUCUUCUCCAUCUGCGUCAUGGUCAUUGGCUCCCUCAUGUAUGCCAGCAUAUUUGGGAAUGUGUCAGCCAUCAUCCAGCGUUUGUACUCUGGCACAACACGCUACCACACCCAGAUGCUGCGAGUCAAAGAGUUCAUCCGAUUCCACCAAAUCCCAGGUUGCCUUCGCCAAAGGCUGGAAGAGUACUUCCAGCAUGCCUGGUCCUACACAAAUGGCAUUGACAUGAAUGCUGUUCUGAAGGGAUUUCCGGAGUCUUUGCAGGCAGACAUCUGUUUGCACUUGAACAGAUCUUUACUACAGAACUUUAAGGCUUUCCAUGGAGGCAGUCAAGCCUGUCUGCGCGCCUUGGGUAUGAGGUUCAAGACAGUCCACGCUCCUCCUGGAGAUACUCUGAUCCACUAUGGAGACAUCCUGGACUCUCUCUUCUUCAUCUCACGUGGUUCCAUCCAUGUCAUUAAGGAUGAUGUGGUGGUCGCCAUAUUAGAAAAGAAUGACAUCUUUGGAGAGCCUAUCCAUCUGUAUGAUGUGCCGGGGAAGUCCAAUUCAGACGUACACACCAUCACCUACUGUGACCUGCACCGCGUCCAGAGGGACGACCUGCUGGAGGUCCUUGAUAUCUACCCCAGCUUUGCAGACAACUUCUGGAGGAACCUGAAGAUAACUUUUGACCUGAGAGAUGCUGAUCAAGUACCACCAAUAAUAACAACUGAUGAUUCUGGUGACGACUGUGGGUAUCGCCACAAGCCCAGACACCGAAUCCACUCCCUGGACUGCAGAAUCAGGCCAGAUGGAAUCGAUCAUGAAGACUCGUACCCCCUUCAGUCCAUCCGUCAUCGUCACUCGCAUCCUCAGGCCCACUGGGAUGACCGCUGUAGCUGUGGAUCCCCGUGUUCCCAGUCUAGUGAAGACCUGGCUAAGCCUCUUGCCCAUGGUGCCAAAGUGGAGCUUUACCCUCCAGAAGAUGCCAGACGGGACUACUCCCCCUCUGUAGUGCAGCUGAUCCCCCCGAGUGGCACCUCAGUAGGGAGGGAAGCAGUGUUGGAUCGGGGCCACCAUAUAUUCUCCUCAGCUUCAUCUUUGAAUGUGCCGGGAAUGUAUCGAUACUGGCCAGAACGUCAGUCACAACAGUUUUCCAGUCGUGCCUGGCGAUCUUCCUCUGUCCGCAACUCAUACCACCCACCACCAUUCACAGAACAACGGCCCAGUGAGCUGGAGUCGCGACUUGAGGUUUUACAUUCCCAGCUCAACAGACUGGAGACUCGCAUGACAGCCGACAUCAAUGUUAUUCUCCAGCUUCUCCAGAGGCAGAUUGCUCCUGUACCUCCUGCUUACAGCACUGUAUCGUCUGGUACCCUCCCGACUGACUCACCUGACCUGUAUGAAACAGGGACACCAGUGCAGCACAGCAUGUACCCCAUUUCCCCCAUACAGAUGGACAGCUGUACAGCCACACAGAACUCGACUCAGACUGAACUUCAAUUCACCAAGAAGUCCCAGGAGUCACUGUCCAGCGGUAUCCAUAUGACCGUGGCGUCAAAUGACACCAUGUUCAUGGCCGUCACCCCCGAAACUGAGACCCACACAGGGUUGACUCCGCAGCUGGCCCUGCCGUCAGUCAAAUCCUCCCUCAUGGAGAACCCCAAGCUGCGCGGCAGCCUCCGAUACCCCUCGCUGCCGGGGAACCUGGACAUCACCUCAGGACUGGCCGAGAUCCAGAAACACCUCUCAGACCCUGUGCUGCCCGUCACCUGA